AUGGCCAAACCCACCCCCUUUGAUGGAAACAGGAAACAAACAGAGCAGUUCCUUCAUGAAAUUGACCUAAUGAUACCCACCAGGAAGCACAACUUCCCGGACAAGUUUACAAAGAUUGCGUAUGCACUAUCCUAUAUGAAAGGAGGAUCAGCCAGAAUAUAG